UCUUAAGCAAAAAAAAAGUAAAAUCAUAUAAAUAAUUGUUCAUUACUAUUAGUAUUUGUAUGUAUUGUGUUCCUUUUUACUACUUUUCUUCAUUUGUUUUUCCAAAGUCGAAUCCAUGUGUUUUGGUACAAAUUAAAGAAUAUGCGAUAUAGACUUUAGUCAUGGUUGAUGGAUGGAAGACCCGCAUACUGCGCUUUUAGCUAUCACAUCACCAGUGGUAACUUGUGAACAAGUUUAACUCUACAAUCAUUCAUUCAUUCAUUCAUUCAUUCAUGUCACUCUCUUUCUUUCUCUCCACCAACUAAAUGCAUAACACUCUUAAUUUCCCCUGCCAGCAGCCUCUUAAGUAGAGUGCUAUAUAUAUUUACAGCAGCCUCCUAAGUAGACCAAUCCAUCUUAAAUUCAUUGUUAUAGUCAAUUAUCCUUUUUUGUGAAUUUACUUGCAUAUUUCAUUCACUUGUCUUAUAUAAACAAUGGACUAACUGGUAAAAGUUGGCAUUCAUAUUGUUUAGAAGAAAAUUGAGAAUCAAGGAAAGCAUCUUUGUUCAGUAGUAUAUGGGUCGCUGCCACCAGAAACUCGAACAAGGUAGGACUUCAGGCAAGCAUGUUCAAUGAUGCAACAAGUGAGUUUGAUGUUCUAGUGGCCAGUAAUGCCAUCGGAAUGGGUCUUAAUUUAAACAUAUCUAGGAUCAUAUUUUCAACGUUGAAGAAGUUUGAUGAUUUUGAAUUUUGGGACUUGACUGUACCUGAAAUAAAACAGAGUGCAGGGAGAGCUGGUAGAUAUAGGUCAAAUUUUUCUGUUGGAGAAGUAACAUGCAUAGAUGCAGAGGAUCUACCCUUGCUUCAUUCAUCUUUAAACUCCCCAUCACCUACUUUAAAGGAAAACCAUGUUGAAGGGGAAAACGAACUUAAUUAAGGUCACAAAUUUUGAAGAGCAAAUGUUAGCUAGUAAAAGUCAUGAACGUGUAGACAUGAUGACGAUAAACCUACUUGUUACUUAGCUAUUUCAACUCUCUUUUGUUAUUGUAUUUUUCGCAAAAUUAGAUGAUAUAGUUCGAGGUUGUUAUGACUUAGGCUAGUAGUAUGAUAUUUUUAAAAACGAUGAUGAUAAUUAGAAGUAGUUACGACUUAAACUAGUAUUAUGGUAUUUUGUAAUGAUGAUAUAAUGUGAUUGUGGAUCUUAUGUAAUACUUUAUAAAUCAAAUUUGAUGGUAAAUGUUCAAUUAGUUUUCUUUA